AUGACGGCCGUCGAAGCAAUCCCCCCGCCAUUCUUCAGCCCUUACUUGGACGACCAGCUCUCCAAGCUUGCUGCCCGGCAGAUCCCAUGGGAGGGCUACCAGCGCGCGAAGCUGCUCUCGCAGGAGGAGUGCACGCUUAUCCGCUCGCUUGACAAGCUCCCUGUCUCACAACGCGGCCACAAGAUCGCGACCGAGGGCGCACAGUAUGCCAAGCUCUACAUCGACCUGCUGCGCAAGCUGCAGCGCGUAGACACAGUUCAGGCCGUCCUCGUCUCCAUCUCCGUCAUGCUCGCGGACAUGAGCGCGUACCACUACUUUCACGACCUGCGCAAGGAGAACCCGCUCGACCCGUACCAGCCCAUCGUGAAGUGCCUCACCAUGGACACGGACGAGGAGUUUGUGCACCUCGAGAGUCUGCGGAUACUGGCGCUCCUCAUUGCGACUGACCCGAACGACUUCCCAGGCGAGCUCCUCCCCACGCUGCUGACGUCGCUUGCGUCGUUCAUCAACGGCCCGCACCUGCAGAGCCGCGACAUUGCGACGCAGGUGCUCAAUGCUGUGCUUGGCAAGAAGCAGUUCCGCUCCGCCGUGUGGAAGCAGGGCGACUGUAUCUCGGGCCUCGUUAAGUGGCUCAAAGACAACAUCUCGCCGCAGCAGCAGUACGGCGCAAUCUCGUGUAUUUGGCAGCUUUCAUUCGAGCAGAAUGCCGCGGAAGGGUUGGACAAGAAGUACGACAUCGUUGCUCUCUUUACGGAGAUUGCAAAGUCGGCCGUCAAGGAGAAGGUUAUCCGUGUGAUUGUGGCGACAUUCCGGAACCUUCUCACACUUGCACCUGCGCAAAACCUCCCGUCGAUGUUCGUCGUCCGCCUGCUCCCCUUCGUCGACUCUCUCACGGAGCGCAAGUGGAGCGACGAGGACGUGGUCGAGGAUCUUCAGUUCCUCAAGGAGGAGCUCAAGGAGCGCCUCGAGGGCCUGACGACAUUUGACGAGUAUGUGUCCGAGCUCGAGUCGGGCCACCUGGUGUGGUCGCCGGCACACGAGUCGGACGACUUCUGGCGCCUCGAGGUCGGCCGUAUCCAGACCGAGGCAAAUGGCAAGCUCGUGCGCCGCCUCAUCGAGCUGCUCAACACGUCGCGCGACCCCGUCGUGCUGGCUGUGGCGUGCAAUGACGUCGCCAAGUUCGUCAAGUACGGCGGGGAGAAGAGCAAGCAGCUCAUCAACGAGGGUAAUGGCAAGACGCGCGUCAUGCAGCUCAUGACGAGCGACAAUCCUGAUGUGCGGUACUGGGCCCUCAUGGCCGUGCAGCAGAUCAUGAGCCAGCACUGGUUGAAGUAACAAGUUGUGAUAGACAAGGAUGUAUAGG